CUCGUUGUGAGUGACGUGCUCAUUGCAGUCCAUCCCGACGUGUACAGCACGACAAGAAUGACAGAGGAACCGAUAAGCGGCUUGUCCAAGUUCUUCAGCAGCGCACGCGAGCAGGGCGGCCAGUUUGCGCGUUCACUGCCAGCCGUUGACCAGUUGCGCCAUGACCUGCGCUCUACCGUGCUCACUCACUCGCCCAACCAGAGCGCACACACGCUCAAGCUCGCACUUCUCAUUGCUGCCCAGAAGGGCACCGUCAUUGAUCAUCUGGCCGUGGCGAGAGAGACAAAGGCAGUCGCAAAGGCACUCUUUGACUGGUCCAACGAACAGACCAAAGACUCGGCGACAGACCUUCGUGACGUCUCUGAUCGAUUGGCCUAUGUCGUCUUCCAAGAGGCAGAGCUACACGCAGAGUAUGCUGCCCAUCUCGAACAGUCUCGCACCUUGCUGAAAGAGCUGCGCAACUUUGAGAAUAAGUUCUCGCCCAACAGGGACAGACGAUCACAGCUACAGCACCAGAUUGCCAAGCUCAAGACGAGCGCGAAACCGAACGGUACUGCCAGUCUCAAGCGACAGGCAAGCUUGCAAGACGAGCUCGACACGCUCGAGAAAGCCGACGUGCCUCACGAGAAAUCUAUCGAGAUGCUCAAGCGACAGAAGCUACGCGAGUCCUUUGACCUUCGCUUCACCGCACUGCAGCGUCUGGGUGAGAAGAUGGCCGUCCUGAGCUCCUACGGCCGAGCACUCGGUGCCGACCUGACCUCCAACGACCCAGAUGUCGUUCCUUACGCGGGCAAGGAUCGCACGGCGGCGAUUCGCGUGAACGCACAGGAAGCGCUGGAUGCCUGGUCGCCUUCUACAUCGUUCGUACCGCCCCCUCGUCUGGAGGCCAAGCCCGGCAUCUCACUUCAAGAGGGAUACACCUAUGCAUCGUUUGGGCAGACGCACAAGGACGACCUCGCCGCUAUGAGUUCGUCUGAAGCGACGCUGCCCGAAGCAGGCACGAGCGCACAAGCUAAGCAAGGAGACGGAACGCUCACGUCCAUGCUCAACAUGGCUCCCUCGCCUCUCUCGCCUGCCCCACCUCCCGAGAAAGUGCCUCGUCGUGGGUCCCUGUCUGCUACAGCCACUGUGGCACCUACAGAUGAGCCAGAGUCGCCCACAAUGGCAGAGACAGGUACGCCUAUUGUCGGCGGAAAUGGUCCAGUCUCUGGCCAGCUCACGAAUCGACGUCUGAGUCGUGGCGAGAGCGUGCGAACAUCUACAGACGGUCUCCCACCGUACGAGGCGACACAUCGAUCGUAGUGCAUGCAGUCAUCCUGUUGUUGUCUCGAAAGGAAGCGAGUGAUACUACA